AUAAAUAUCUUCUUUGUUGUAUCUGUCUUUGUAUCAUUUUAUUGUACUCUAUCACGUUUCAAAAGCAUCAGUAGAAAAUUUUGAUGUAAAUCAAUGACUUUUUAGAACCUAUCCACCAAAUUUUUAUCCUUUUUAGGUUCAUAAAUCUAGAAUUGAUACCAUAUAAUCCAGGUUUAAAAGCAAAUUUUAAAGUUCAUUGUAGGAAAGAACAUGGUUUUGGCCGAAAGGGCGAAAACACGUUUCGAACAAAUUCUUUCUAUAUUAUUAAGUUGUACAUUUGGUCCGAUUUGCUGUUUUUCUUGGCCCAUCAAGCAUCAAAACUAACACUGUCCGAAAUUAAGAAAAAAAAUCAAAAGUAACAGCCAAAGAUGCUAAAAGGACGUGCCAUGUUCUCAAAGUCUUCAAAGCCGUCUACUUUGACCCAGAUACACCCAUCCUUGUCCAAAAUGUGGACCAACGAGGGGAUAGUGGAAUCCAACUUCAGGGCACUUUCCCAGUUUGUGUACAUGGCUUAUUGGCUGAUAGUAGCACCAAAAGUCAUUUGCUCGAAUUUAAAUCUGUAUUUAAGUAUCCUUUAAAUACUGUAGAAUCGGUUACAUGUCCUGUCUUUUCUUUCAAGCUUGGUGGAAGCUGCGUACAAUUCUUCAGAAUCAACUUCAAAGAUUGCUUCUUCCAGUUUUCCCCGUUUUGCUAGAUCUGCUGCAGCCUUAAAGCAAAAGCUUCAGCUCUAAGGACAGAAUCCACUUUCUUUACCAGAUGCCCCAUCGCUACUUAAGACAGUGAGAGGGGGAGGGAGGGACCAGUUCUCUGAAACAGUGUUAUAUUAUCAUUCAGUUUGCAUUCAAUCAAAUUUCUAGUAUUUGCGUCACAGUGAUGGGCUCUUCCGCCUUACAGGCCUUAUUAGCCUGCGCUCAAGCUAUUCAAGAUGGGAAUCUGAAGCUGGCCGAUUCACACUUAGAGCGGAUCUUGAAUCUUGCUGCAAAGGAAUCCGAUGAACAACAAAGCAAAGUGGUGAAAUUCUUUGCAGAAGCUCUAGUUCGCCGAGCUUACGGACUCCAUCCUACCAUUCCUUAUAAUUUGCAGUUUCUUCCAAGUUGUUUUACUCACCCUAUCUGCAAUAACAUCGACACUGUCGUAACGAGAAUGAAGCGAUUGCACCUCAUUGACUUCAACAUCCCACAUCUAUAUGAAGGGGCAUACUUGUUUGGGGAACUAGGUAAUCUUUUCGCCGAUCCCCUGUCAGUCCGUGUAAGUGUCAUAUUACCACCAUUUUUGAAAAAAAGUGUAAAUAUACAAGAAGAAAAACAGUAUGUCCUUUCUUAUGCUAAGGUUUGUGGUGUUGAGUUGGAGGAUGACUUGAAAGUGGUUUACGCCAAUAGCUUGGGUGAAGUGGAUGAGUCCAUGUUAGAUUUUAGAAGAUCAGAAGAUGAGGCCGUGGUCGUUUUGUAUUGUCUUAAACUCCAAAUGUUGCUGGCGGAUGCAGGAGCAAUGGAGAGAGAGUCGUUAAAGUUAAGGCAGAUAAACCCAGAGAUUGUGAUGAUAAUAGAGCAGGAUGCUAAUAACAAUGACUCCAAUUUCAUCAAACGGUUGGAAGACUCUUUUCAAUAUUACUCCGAUGCUUUACAUGUCGAAGGAGAUUCAUGCCAGAAAAUGGAGAAUGAUUAUAGGCGACAGAUAAGAAACAUAGUGGGAUGUGAAGGCAAGGACCGAAUUGUGCGACAUGAGACUUUGGCUCAGUGGCGAUCCCGCUUGCUCUGGUAUGGCUUUCUUCCUGUUCCACUCGAGGGGAAGCCGUGGCUACUUUCCUGUGUAUUCCAUGAGGAAAAUGGGUGUUGGGUUUCAAAUAAGGAUUACCUGCCAAAGUUUUUCAUAUCGGCUUGGAAACUCGCACAUUGGGAGGACCACUUCAAUCUAUCCAGCUAUAACAUUGGCCAAGGUUUCAAUACAUUUUCUACAUUAGAGGAUAUGGUACAACCAUUACAGCCUUUACAUGAGGUUUCUUCAUUAAAUCGGUUAGCUGCUUUUGUCGAGAUAUAUGACAUGUUAGAAGAUGUAUGUUUGAAAUACAAACUUUCAUUGGCUUUAACAUGGGCUUGUGGGACUAAUGUGAAGCAAAACCUAGAUGGAACUAUCUCAGAUCCAUACAAGAAAGACAUUUUAUACAUUGAAAGUACUUAUUCUUAUGCGAAUAAUUUGAAUUCUCGAUGGUUCAUGGAAACAUAUGCAAAACAAAAUCAUCUUCUAGAAGGGCAAGCUAUUGUUGGAAAAGCACUUCAAUCAAAUGAGCCCUUCCUUUUUGAAUCAAGUAUUGUUAAGCCUGAGAAACGUGACUAUCAACUUCCUUUUGUUGCACGUGAAUUUGGCCCUCAUGCUGCUCUUGCAAUCUGUCUACAAAACCAUUACAAUGAUGUUUAUGUAGUAGAAUUCUUCUUGCCUCUAUCCAAGGGAAAACUUGAGAAACCAGAAUCCGUGGCACUUCAUAUUUUCAAUGACUUGAAAAAUAAGAAGAAAAUGUUUGUAACACUAAGAGUUCAAGGAACUGAAGUUGGUUUCCAAGAAGAAGCCACUUCAAACAUUCCACAGGUGACAAUGUCUAUGCGAAGCCCUCCACCAGCUUCAUCUAUCAAUGAUUUUCUAAACUCAAACAUAACAAGGCCUUUGAAUACAUUUGAACCAAGGGAUGGUCAUGUUGAACUGGGAGGACAAGGGUUUAAUGAGCAGGGGGCAAUGGUUUCAUGUUCCGACCAAGUGGGUAUGGCUACAAUAGGCUUUUCAUCAGUAUCUAUCCAUGCUUCAUCACUAGGUGGAAUAUGUCCCUUUAAUGCUUCCAUGCCAGUGGGUUAUGAUGCAGUACUGGAAACACAAGGGCCUUGGAACAGAGAAAAGAAUUGCAUUUCUCAGAUUAUUUCCAAUGGUGAUAAUAAGAUUUUGAAAGUAAACAAGGUCUCUGCAAUCCCACGAACCAAACAGAGAAGAUCUGAAGUUUGGAAAGAUUUCAUUAAGUACGAAGAAAAUGGAAAACAAUGGGCCAAAUGUAAUCAUUGUAAGAAGGAGUUUACAGGGUCAAGCAAGAGUGGAACCACACACUUGAAAAAUCAUUUGGAAAGAUGUCCAGUUAAGAAAAGUGAAUAUCAGGAAAGGCAGUUGAAAUUUCCAGCUGAAACAGGUGAUUCUGCAACUCAAGAUAUCAAUGAAAGAAACUCAACCUUUGAUCAAGAAAGGAGUCGCUUGGAUUUGGUAAAAAUGAUUAUUAAGCAUCAAUUUCCAUUGGAUAUGGCUGAACUAGAAUUUUUCAAAAAUUUUGCAAAAAAUUUGCAGCCAAUGUUUGAAUUUCAAUCGCAAGCAAUUAUUUUAUCUGAUAUACAUCACGUCCAUGAGGAAGAGAAGGAGAAACUUCAGCAAUAUCUUGAUCAGAUUGCUUGUAACUUCAGUUUGACAAUUAGGAUGUGGAAGGACAAUCCUAGAAAGAUUGCAUAUUGUUGUUUGAUAGCACAUUUUAUUGAUGAUGGUUGGGAAUUAAAGGCGAAGAUAAUUGCCUUCAAAAUUUUGGAGCAUAGCUAUGACACAGGGGCUUUAAUUGGAAUUAUUCGAAGCUCAAUUUCAGAGUGGAAUAUGAGCAAGAAAGUAUGUUCCAUAACUGUGGAUAAUUCUUCUUUGAAUGAUGAUCUAGUUCAACAGAUAAAAGAAGCUUGUCUUAGUGACCAAGGCUCACUUCUUUCCAGUCAUUGUUUCAUCAGUUGCACUCUUAUUCAGGAUGGAUUGCAUGAGAUAGAUGAUAUAGUUUUGAAGAUGAGGAAAUCGAUUGAAUAUAUUAGUGAAACAGCACAUGGAAAACUGAAAUUUCAAGAAGCAGUAAAUCAAGUGAAGCUACAAGGUGGGAAAUCAAGGGAUGAUCUUCCUUUAAGGCUGGAUUCAGACUUUGGCAUACUUGAUAGUGCUUUGGAAUUAAGAGAAAUAUUUUGUCAGAUGGAGCAAAUUGAUGGCAGUUUCAGAGUAAACCCGUCAAUGGAGGAAUGGGACAAGGCAAUAGCUCUGCACAGUUGUUUGAAAGGUUUUUAUGACAUUUUAAGUAGUUUUGAAGGAAUUCAAUCCCUUACUGCAAAUUUGUAUUUUCCCAAGCUCUGUAACAUAUACAAGAAAUUUCUUCAAUUGGAAAAGAGCAGUUAUCCAUUUGUUUCAUUGAUGAAGAGGAAAUUUGACAACUAUUGGAGCUUAUGUAAUUUGGUUUUCACUGUUACAGUUGUUCUUGACCCGCGAUUAAAAUUUAAGUUUGUGGAGUUUUCAUACCGUGAGAUUUAUGGUCCUGAUAGUAAGAUGCAAUUGAACAAAUUUCACAAAGUUCUUAUGGAUGUUUACCAUGAAUAUGCCAAUGAACCUAGAAAUCUGACCACAUCUGCAUCAGACUUUGGUGAUUUUGGCAGUUCAACAGGACAAAGUACACCGAUUGCUAAUGAUUGUAUUUUGGACUCCUUUGGUAAAUUUGCAUCUGCAAGCAACUUUAAUGAAUUGGCCUCAUGGAAGUCAGAACUUGAUGCUAUUUAG